AUGGACGGAUACGCCGUGCCUGACUUCGCAACUGGUACUACUGUGGAGGUUCAUGGGCUAACAAGCAGUGCUGGCUCGCGCUUUAACGGCUGCGUCGGGGUAGUGGCACAAAUCAACGAAGACGGCCGGCAUGUCAUUAAGCUCCAGGGGCACGAUACACAACCGGUCGUGAAGCCGAGCAACCUGCGAAAAGCCACCCCUCACCUCUCCUCAAGCUGCCUUGGGCGCGGGGACUUCGUGGAGAUUUCUGGCCUCAGCAGUGAAUGUGGGCGCUUUCUCAACGGUCACUUGGCACAGCUACGUCCUGCAGGGCCCGGAAACGGCCGACUCCUGGUCAAGGUGUGUGCAACAGGUGGAGAAAAGGCGAUCAAAGAGAGCAACCUGCUGAAGCUGACUCAGGAGACGGUCUUGGCCCGUGCUGAAGGCCUGUUGGAAGUAGGGCGCCUGCAUGAUUUGCAGCGCCUGCUUCGAGGCGUGCCUUUUGCUCCUGCUGACCUGACAAAAGAUUUGACUGCCCGCCUAGCCACAGGUACACACUCGGAGAUCUUGGAUGGUGCCGUAAAGUUGGUGGACAUCCCUGGCAAAGGCAAAGGCUAUCGUGCAGACCGAGACAUAUCAGCGGGGGAGGCCUUGCUGUUUGACACCGCAUUCUGCUCCAGCCGAGCAGGUCCGAAAGAGUAUGAAGAGAUGGAAGCCCAGUGCAUGAAGAAUACAUCAGCUGCUGAUUUUUUCAAGACGAAUGUGAUGACCUUGGAGCCCGGUCCUUGGAUGACAAGAAUGCUCGACGCGUCGCGCCUGCAGUCAAUACUGAAAAACAAUGUCUUCAAGACCAUUCGUGAUCCAAGCAUGGUCGCAUUGUUCCCAGCAGCUUCGCGUUUCAACCACUCAUGUUGCGCCAAUGCCUUUGCAGACACGUCCAGCACGCAAGCUACAGUUCGAGCGCUUCGCAACAUCCAAGCUGGUGAGGAAGUGUGCGUGUCGUACUGCGCCGUCGCACAGACCCGCGAAGACCGGAUCGGGCAAUUUGUCGGCAAAGGCUUUAGCUGUACCUGUGAGCGGUGCCUGCUGGAGGAGAGCCAUGAUCCACAAUUCUCAGUUCCUUGCAGGUGUGGCAAGUAUGCUUUCAGCGCGCAAAGUACUGCGCCAGCAGUGCAGAGAUGCCCAGAUUGCAGCUUCAGUUUUUCAAAGAAGCUGUGUUUGGAGCACUUGCGGGAAAUCCAAGACAUGAACUCCUUCAUGAGAACUCCAGCAGCUGCAGCUGAAAAUCCGAUGCGUUUGGUUGAAAAGCUUCGACCGCUAGUUGACAGAGUCACUGAGGGCAGUAAUUUGGCGCCGAAGACGCAUGGUGAAACUAUCCAACUGUUGAACAACUUCUCAGCAGCACACUAUUUUGCCGCAACCCGUGUGCCCGGCCCGCAUCAAGAUGCCUCUUUUGCUGCCAGCUUUGAUUGCAAGAAGAAGGUCAUACGUGCCCAGGCUUUGAACCACGGACGAGGCACAAGCCAGCGCGAUGUGAACUACUUCCAGAGCUUGCACCGGCUGCUGAUGGGCCAGUUUCCUACCGCUGCUGAUCGCAGAGAGUUCGAGCAGGAGCUGGAAGGUUUGUGCUGGCUCCAUUUUGGCCAACCGACGUUGCCACAGGGCAUCACUGAUCCAGUGUGUAGGUGA